GGCGAGGGGCCGAUGUCGGCGCUGGCGGCUCCGGGCGCCCUGACGCGGAAGGAGCCGGGCGCGGCCGCCGCUGCCUGCGUGGCGAUCUGAGCCCUCGCGUGGAGGCAGGAUGGCGGGCGGCGGCGCCCCGUGAGGGACGGGCUGCCGAGCAGGGGGCUCCGCAUGCGUUCUGUUCUGCUUUCCUAAGUGAGCUGUGAAGUGUGUCUGGAGCGAACAUUCAAUAAUGAGUGGUGCAGCACUGGGCCUUGAGAUAGUAUUUGUCUUUUUUCUGGCCUUGUUCCUACUUCAUCGGUAUGGAGACUUCAAGAAACAGCAUCGACUGGUGAUCAUAGCAACAUUACUGGCUUGGUAUCUUUGCUUUCUUAUUGUAUUCAUACUGCCUCUCGAUGUCAGUACGACUAUUUAUAAUCGGUGCAAACUUGCUGUCAACUCCAGUCCUGCUGAAAAUAAUGGCUCUUAUGUUACGCUUGCUCCAAGUAAGCAAAAGUGUUUCAAACCAUGGAGUUAUAUUCCUAACGGGAUUAUGCCAAUUUUCUGGCGUGUUGUAUAUUGGACAUCACAGUUCUUGACGUGGAUUUUGCUGCCAUUCAUGCAGUCAUAUGCUAGAUCAGGAGGGUUCUCCAUUACUGGAAAGAUUAAAACUGCGUUGAUUGAGAAUGCAAUCUAUUACGGCACUUACUUACUGAUUUUUGGAGCAUUUUUAAUAUACGUGGCUGUAAACCCAAACUUCAAUUUACAAUGGAAUCAACUUCAGACAAUUGGGAUAGCCGCUGCAAACACAUGGGGUCUUUUUCUUCUUGUGUUGCUUUUGGGUUAUGGCUUGGUGGAAAUUCCCCGUUCGCACUGGAAUGGGGCCAAGAGGGGUUAUCUACUCAUGAAGACCUAUUUCAAAGCUGCCAAACUUAUGACUGAAAAAGCAGAUGCAGAGGAGAAUUUAGAGGAUAUUAUGGAGGAAGUCCGUAAAGUAAGUGAGAGUAUCAAGUAUAAUCACCCUUUGAGAAAAUGCGUUGAUACAAUACUGAAAAAGUGUCCUACUGAGUAUCAGGAGAGAAUGGGUAGGAACAUGGAUGAUUAUGAAGAUUUUGAUGAAAGACAGAACAGUUACCCAAGUGAAAAAAGUUUGGUGAAACUUCACAAGCAGGUAAUCUAUUCAGUACAGAGACAUCGCCGUACACAGGUUCAGUGGCAAAUUCUCUUAGAACAAGCGUUUUAUCUAGAAGAUGUGGCAAAAAAUGAAAGCAGUGCAACUCGACAGUUUGUUCAUACCUUUCAUUCCCAGGAACCAGAGAAUAAAAUUAUUCAGUAUUUAUACACACCAACAGUUGAGUGGUACUGGGAAUGUCUUCUACGACCAUGGUUUUACAGGGUGCUUGCAGUUGUUCUGGCCACAUUCUCUGUAAUUGUUGUGUGGUCAGAGUGCACAUUUUUCAGCACAAACCCUGUUUUAUCGCUAUUUGCAGUUUUCAUACAGCUGGCAGAGAAGACAUACAAUUAUAUAUACAUAGAGAUGGCUUGUUUUCUUACAAUCUUUUUCCUAAGUAUCUGUGUUUACUCUACUGUCUUCAGGAUCCGUGUAUUUAACUAUUAUUACUUAGCUUCACAUCAUCAGACAGAUGCUUACAGUCUCCUUUUCAGUGGCAUGUUAUUUUGCCGUCUUACUCCACCGUUAUGCUUGAACUUUUUGGGCUUGACCCACAUGGAUGCAACAAUCUCUCACAAAAACACUCAGCCAACUGCUUAUACAUCUAUAAUGGGAUCCAUGAGAGUGCUGUCCUUCAUUGCAGAUGGAUUCUAUAUAUAUUACCCAAUGCUUGUUGUCAUUCUCUGUAUUGCUACAUACUUUAGUUUAGGAACUCGUUGUUUGAAUCUUCUGGGAUUCCAGCAGUUCAUGGGGGAUAGUGAAAUGACCUCUGAUUUGAUUGAUGAAGGAAAAGAGCUAAUCAGAAGAGAGAAAAGAAAACGACAAAGGCAGGAAGAAGGUGAAAACAGAAGAAGGGAAUGGAAGGAGCGAUAUGGAAAUAGAGACGAUUCUACUAGAAACAGAGUUGUCCACACAGACCAAAAAGAAUCCAGCUUCUCAGACACCAGCACCAAUAGAGCACUAUCAAAGUAUACCCGAUCAAAUGGCAGGACUGAAAGAGAUAGAAUAGAACUCCUUCAGGACGCAGAACCUUUGGAUUUUAACGCAGACUCAAUUAAUGAUGACCCACUUGAAUCAGAUUCGGGAAGGUACCAGCCUGGUGGAAGAUACCUGUCAAUGUCUCGAAGCAAAAUAUUUGAUGAUGUCUAAACUCCUCGAAGCUAAAGAAAAUUCAGUGGAAAUACAUCUCCUACUCAUUGUCUGGAAAUACUGUAUUUACAAUAUAUUGCCGAACCAGAAAAGACCAUUUUUGUUCAAAAAAAAGAAUAUGAAGGAACAACUAUUUUGGAAAUGCACUUGUAGGAUAACUUUACUACUUAUGACAAGAAUAUGCUUCCUCUGUUGUAGAUAUUGUUGUGCAUCAGUGUGGGCUUUUGUGUCAUGACCAAAAGGAGAAAACUAUUAAUUAAGUUAAUAGAGAGUAAACUUGAUAUAUGUACCUAGGACUCAACUUGAACUGUAACACUGUAAGUUUUAAGAAGGGGAUAUUUUGGAAUGAAUUUUUUUGUAUUUUAACAGAUGCUGUGAGAGCAUCUUAAUGCAUCCAAAGUGCAGUUAUAUCAAUUACUAUACUAAACACUUUCUGGAAUUUUUCUAUUUGAACUUUAUGCCUAGUCCAAAAUUGACUGAAUUAAAUUAAGGCUUCUUUUGCCUUCAGUGGUCUUUGAAUCAGACCCUGCAUAAUCUUAAAGACUGAAUGGUAGACUGUUCUUCAUAAAAUCAUAAAAUACAUGUUCCAGUAUUUAAAGGGUGGCUUCUAAGAAAAUAGAGACCCCCUUUUUACAAGGAAUCAUAUGGAAAAGAUACGGGGUAAUGUGUGCAAGUUAUUCAUGGGAAGAUUCUAAUUGGACAAAAGAGGAAAAAUUUCACAAUGAGAACAAUCAGCCGUUGGAAUAAUAUCCCCAGGGAAGUGGUGGAUUCCCCAACAUUGGACACUUUUAAGGUUUGUCUGGACAGGGUGCUGGGCCACCUUGUCUAGGUGGAGCUUUUGUCAAGUUGAUCUUUGAGGUCCCUUCUAACCUUGUAUUCUAUGGUUCUAUGAAAUCAGUUGGCAUAAAUUUUGGAGUAAGGUGUAUUGGUCAAGAGAGGCUAUCUUUUUUCUUUUCCAACAUUAUAUGCAGAUAAAUUAUUUUAGCAUGUGUAAAUAGUUGAAAUUGAAUAUGGACUGGAGUUUCAUUGUCACAUGAGCAUAUGUGCAAUAGCAAGAAUACAUUAUUGAAGAUACAAUGUCUGCUUAAGAUUUUUACAGUAAUGGUUGAAAAUCUUGGCACACUAAUGUUUUUGUAACUAUAGAAGAAAUAUAAUGUGAAAAUUGACUUAAAUGCUGAAAUAUAAUUUGCACACACCUCAGGCACGGCUUCAAAUUGUAGAGUAUUUCUUUAAAAGAAGGGAAAUAUAUAGCAUGAGUAGAUAAUGGUAAACACUUCUGAUGUCCCAAAUGCCCUUGUUGCAUUAUGUAUCUUUUUUAAGGUGCCUGUAUUUUGCAGUAUGUUGUUGCAAAACAAAUAAUGCUUAUUCAUUUGAAUGCCAUUCAGAAAUGCCAAUUAUUAAUUGUGUAAAAAGUUUCACAUUAAUUUCAUUGGUGUAGAUACAUUUUUUAAAUGUAGUUAGUUGAAUGAAUUUUCAAGUGUAAUCAUAAGGUAAAAGGUGUGGUCAAAUUCAUUAUAUCUUUGGAAAUUUGAUUAAUUUAAAACGUUGCUUUAUUUCAGUGUGCCCUAAGUCUUUACCACUUGGGAGUUUUCUUAUGUGCUUAUUGCAAUGUUAUGUUGAAAAAGGAAAGAGAACAUGUUUCUAUCGUAAAUUCUUUAUUAUGCUUUAAAAAGAAGACCUUCGUGAAAGCAGCUAAGAGUGAAUAAUUCUGAAAAGUAAAUUUUCAUGAAUGAGGUGUUACACUAAUUUUUAAAAAUAAUCUUUGCUUUCUGAAGCAAUUGUUAAUGGGGAUCUAACUACCUCCUGUGAUUUAGUACAUCAUGUGUUCUAACAGUAGUGAUAUUUGUAAUAUAUUGGUCUGUCUGUUUUAAAACGCUGACCUGUUACUAUGAAGGAGAAAAAAUACUCUGUCGGUAUAGCAUUAAUUAUAUCAAUAAACUGGCAGACAUAAAAUAAUUGUCAGUUCUUUUCUUAGGUGAAAACACUGAACAACAACCAUGGCCACAUGUAUUCAAGCUCAUGCAAUUUCCAGAUUACAUGUAAGAGGGCACCUUUUUUAUUUUGGGCAUUUUGUGUUCUGUAAAAACUUGAUCAAAACCUUAUGUCUGUUUCAGGGCUUCAAAUUUGAGAAAAUCAGACUUUUAAUUCAAAUUUUUCUUUAGCAACUUUAUGUUAGCACCUAUUUAAUUUAUUUCGGAUCUACUUAGAAAUGCUAUCCUGAAUUCAGCCUUAUGUUAAAAGGGUCGUAUAUGUUCUUGGUCAUCCAUCCACAUUAAUGUUCUUAGACUUGAUAUUUCUAUUUUUAAAAUCUCAUUUAAUUGUUUAAUUGUUAAAAAAAUUGUUUGUAAAAAUCGUUGGAUUAACUAAGAUUCAAGUUCUUUGUCUAACUCUUGAAAUGUCACUACAAAGGGAUCUAAUUCAGUGCUAAUGGAAAAAUUAUAGAAGGAAUGUUUGUUUUUCUGAGUAUGUGUGAAGUAUCCUUACCUAUCCCCUGUUGCUUUCAGAGAGUUGGAUCGAGCCUUUUUGGGACCUGAUUUUUUUCCCCCCCUCAGGAUUCAGUUGAGUGGCUGCAAACAGAAUUUUCAGUGGAAACUUGUAAUUAAGAUGUUAUAUACAAAAGCUAACUAGUCCCUGGUGUAAGCCCUCUGUCCGGUUUUCAUUGGGGUGCAAUAAUUUGAGGAGUUGGCUAUAUAAAUUGAUGGCAGUGGGAUUUCAGUUGUUAACAUAGAAAUUCUGAGCUCAGGGUGAUGGGAAUCCAUUGACCUUUUUUGAUGCUGCAGUGGACUAAUGGAGUAACCAGGGGCUGCUUUUUGAAAGCAUGAGACUUGGAGGUCUGAUUCUCUCUCAUGAGUUCUCUGGAUUGUGCUUGGAGGUCCUCAGUGUCACAUGCUCCUUGCAUGCUGGGUGUUUAAGUACAGAGUUGGUAGGUGAAGUCAGGUUUCAUCCAGAGUGUUCACUGCUGACCAACAGCUACUCUUGCUCUAAUUACACGCAAUUUGUUGGCCAAUUAAUCUAAAGGGUGUUUUGAAAAGUAAGUAUGAGUUCAUAUUACUAAAUCUGGAAGACUUUCAAUGAAGAAAUACAGAAUAUAACUAAAAAGAACAUUGUAGAAAUAAGGAAUAUACCUGCACGGCAUUUGCUGUGUACUUGAUCUAGUUUUCAACUAGUUUGGUUGCUGCUAGUGCAAAUAAUACAGAACUUGCUUGGGGGGGCUACAUGCCUAAGGUUUUACACCACUCCAGAGAGGCUGUACAUGUCAGAAGCAUCCAAGGCCAGGUUGGAUGGGACUCUGAGCAACCUGAUCCAGUUGAAGAUGUCCCUGCCCAUUACAGGGGGUUUAGACAAGAAGAGCUUUAAAUAUCACUUUCAACCCAAACCACUCUGUGAUUUUAUCAUGAUUCCCUGCCAGAUUGCAGCAACUCUUGAUGAGUUAUUUGCUGCUAUAGCUCUAGUGCUAGGAGUACCACAGCUAAGAAAAGAUAAAACUAGCUUUGAUAUGUUUUAAGUAGCAACUGUGCUGUUGGCUAGUGGUGUUCUUGCAUCACAUUUGAUGCUCCAGAGUAGGUGAUUUAAAAUAUAACUGCCUUGCAACCUGUGCUUUUGGGAACUGAAUGUUGGUGUAUUUAAUCUGUUAGUACAUGGUCAUAUUUAUUCUCAGCUAAAGAAUGUCAAUUAUGUAUUUCUUUAUUAUUUCACUUUCUGAAUUACUGAGCAGUUGGGGUAUGCUUCCAUUUCAUCAUCAUUUCCGCAGUUUCCUCUUCAUUUGUUAAUACCAAAAAAACCACCAAAACAUCAAAAAACCCGCCCAAGUUAAGUGCAAAUGUAUGAGUACCUUCCUGACAAAGUUUUAAACUAGUGAAUAGACUCCAUGCAAGUUGCAAUGAACUUUGAAAAGCAAGAGUGAAAACAGUAGCUACAUUAAUACUGUGUCAGUGUUGGAUUUAUUAAACGGUUAUGAUAGCAAAAAGCUCUAGUUGCACUUACUACUCACACUAGAGGCAUUUAAAAAUAUACACAUUCUGAUACCUAUCUUGAGAAAUGAGUUCUCUGCUUGAGGAAAGUGCAUCUCUUAGCAAAGUGGGGGGGUCUUAUGAGGGAAGGCAAAGGUUAUGCAAUUUCUAGUCUGUGCUAAUGGUGACACUUUGGACAAAAUAGGAUAUAUUUUAUUAUCUAGGUACGAUAAUGUGUUAAGAAAUAACAUACUUUAUACUACUGUAACUUAGACUACUGGAAAAAAAUAAUGCUAUCUGUUCUGCCUUUAUUUUGUAAUCAAGCACUUAUAAAAUAGUAAUUAACAGUAUUAAUGGGAAUGGUGGAAAGCUGCUACCUUUUCACUGUUUUUACUUGCUAUUUUAAAACAUAACCAUAACAAUUAUUUUCACAUAAGAAGUAUUAAAAAAAGUGAUCACUCAGAUUUUCUGUAAUUAUGAUAAUUUUUAUUUUACUAACUUCAUCUUGGAAUACUGUAAAAGUUAUGUGAAACAAACAAUAUUUUGUUCCAAUUUUCAUUAUUAUUGUAAUGAAUCUGAGGGGCAUUUGCAACACCAAAUAGAAUCACUUUAUGAAGGAAAACUUUUCAUGAGGCUUCUUAAAGAAAUCUGACUUAUUCAUUACAGACAAAAAUGUGCAUCUUAAUUAUUAACAAAAACACUUUUUAGGGUAUGUAUUGUCUCCUAGAUUUUUUUUUUUGUUCUUUAAAAUUCAGAAAAUGGUUGAUCUUUUCAGAUGAACUUACCUGUGAAUCUUGUAAACUUUCUGAGACUUUUAUAUUCCUUUUCUCUAAUGGGCUCUGCAGGAAUAUGUACUGUUCUGUGACAGUUUUCUAGUAAUAACUGUGCCUCUAAUAAAGUAGUCUAGUCUGAAGUUGAGACACUCCUACACCAUUUGAUUAUGUUAGCAAAAACUCAGCAUUCCUAGCAAAAAAAAAGAAAAUGCCUUGAACUAGAUCCCUUUCUAAUACAGUAAUUGCUGUCAUGAUGUUGCAGUGUAUUUGGUAUCUUCUGUUUCAGUCAUAUGGUAAAACCAAUCAGGUUUAUUCUUUGUUAAAAUGCACUGGAAUGUAUUCCUCAGCAUGAUUUUGUAUGCAUAUGUGUUUUAGUUGUAAUUCGCAGGCAACAGAUAAUAUGCAACUUUAGUUAUUUCUUCAGGGUAGUGUACUUAUAUUUGACAUAUUCCUGUGAAUUGCAGUAGUAGCAGAGUGACAGCUUAGCUAUAGCUGUAGAAAUUGAUUAUUGUCUAUAGAAAUAACUUGUAUUUCUGUAGAUGUGUCUGGAAGAUAAGGGGAUUCAUUUGUAAGCAAAGGUUUAGUUACAGAACUUCAUUCUCCAGUGUAUAUGAAGAUACGCUGUAGGAGUGCUGCUUAUGGAUAGACUCUCUUUUUUUGCCUUAUGAUACAAGUCUGUAUGCAUAAUUCUGUGUUCUGUCACCGAGUUACACCUUUUUCUCUGUAGCAUUCUAAAUUAUUGUUGUAAUGGGUAUAUAUUUUAAAAUGUGUGUUAAAAUAUCUAGUCAAAGAGCUAAGAUGGCAUGAAAUAAAUAAUUUCUGCAAUAUA